GCGCCGCAGCUGGUCUACAGGUUUAUCGAACAGACAAUGCAGACCGGUCCAUCGGUUUCUCUGAAAUGCAGCGCCGCGGGUAAUCCCACGCCGCAAAUUUCCUGGCUGCUGGAUGGAUUUCCGCUUCCGCAAAACGACAGACUCCUGAUUGGCCAGUACGUGACCGUGUACGGGGACGUAAUAUCGCACGUGAACAUCUCGUCGGUGAAGUCCGAAGACGGGGGCGAGUACGAGUGCAUCGCGAGUAGCCGCGCUGGCGAGGCCAGCCACUCGGCCAGGCUCAAUAUUUACGGUUUGCCAUAUGUCAGGCCCAUGUCGACGGUUUCGGCGGUCGCUGGGAAACAGUUUCACAUCAAAUGCCCGGUCGCUGGUUACCCCAUCGAAUCGAUCGUUUGGGAGAAAGCAGACGGAGUAAGGCUGCCCACGAACAUGAGACAGAGGGUUGCGAACGGCAGCCUGUUCAUCGAUACGGUGCAACGAGCCGCCGAUCAAGGCACGUACACGUGCACCGCCAGGAACAAGCAUAACUUCACCUCUCAACGAUCAGUCGAAGUGCGCGUUCUAGUUCCACCGCGGAUCUCGCCGUUUUAUUUCGAGAACGGUGUGACGGAGGGGAUGAGGACACAGCUAAUGUGUACCACGAGCCAGGGUGACCAGCCGUUCAACAUCACGUGGUUGAUGGACGACAAACCGAUUCAGGUCAGAUCGGGUGACGGUGCGUCGGCGUCGUCACUGGCGUCGUCGUCGUCGUCAUCGUCAUCGUCGUCGUCCUCGUCGUCGUCGUCGUCGUCGUCGUCGUCGUCAUCGUCGUCUUCGGGCGGAUCCAACGCGGCCGUCGUCGAGACGGGCAACAACAUACAGAUAAGCGACUAUCCGCCGUUUUCCAGCAUCCUGACGAUAAAUAACGUCAGCGCUAAGCACAGCGGGAACUACACGUGCCAGAUCAGCAACGUCGCUGGCCUGGCCGAAUACUCGACCAGCCUCUCCGUUGCUGUGCCGCCGCGGUGGACGGUGGAACCUAUCGACCAGAACGCCGUUGUAGGUCACGGCGUCUCCAUUGCCUGUCAGGCUGAAGGAUUCCCCAUUCCGACGGUGACUUGGAAGCAAUCGAUCGGCGAUACACCAGGAGACUACAGAGAGCUGGGAUACAGCGGCACCGAGGGAGUUGGGGUUGCUGGAAACGGGUCCUUGGUGAUCUCACGGGUAUCCAGAGAUCAUGCCGGCUUCUAUCUGUGCCAGGCCAGCAACGGCAUCGGCCCCGGCCUCAGCAAGCUCAUUCGGCUAACAGUUCACGCGGGCCCUCAAGUAUCGGUGAAAACGCAGCAGGAGUCGGUGCGGCGAGGAGAGAGCGUGACACUACGCUGCGAGGCCGAAGGAGACGCACCUCUUGAUCUCAGUUGGCGUGCACGUGACAGCAGAGUCGAUCCCAACUACGACGUUAGAUACACGAUAGACAACCAGAAGGUGUCAGGAAGGUUGAUCUCCGAGCUGCGAAUCACCCAAGCGAACCACAUAGACCGUGGGGACUACAUGUGCGUAGCGACGAAUGCUUAUGGGCAUGCGAGGGCGAGCAUCAAACUGCUAGUUCAGGAGCCACCGAAUUUUCCCCGAAAUUUACACAUAGCCGAGCAAGGGAGCAGAUCGUUGCUGUUGGCCUGGUCGUCGCCGUCCAGCGAGCAGGAUCCAGCGCACGCUAGCUCCCCUAUAACCAACUACAUCGUGCAGUACAAGGAGGCGCAGGACGUGUGGCAUGAGCACAACAUGCAGAAGAUGGUGGCAGGGGACAACACGGUCGCGCUGGUAUCGCCUCUAAAACCGGCGACUUCCUACCACUUUCGGGUGCUUGCGGAAAAUCAUCUUGGAACAUCAGCGCCAAGCGACAUCCUUCAUGCCCAAACGGACGGCGAGAUCCCCGGCGGACCGCCGAGACACGUUACCGCCGAGCCCUUAGGACCGCAGCAAGUGAAGGUCACCUGGCAACCACCGGAUCGAUCCCUCUGGAACGGUGAACUUCUCGGAUACACCAUCAGCUACGCCAAUCUCGGGGGGAAUGAUCAAUCGGUGAACAUCACCAGAGUGGGAAUCACGGGAAACGGGGACGGUUCGUACGAUUAUAGGCUAACCGGCCUCCGGAAGUACACCCAGUACAGCGUGGUGGUGAAGGCGUUCAACAAUAAAGGCGACGGCCCAGGAUCUGACCCGGUGACGGUGCAGACCCUCGAAGACGUUCCAAGCGCCCCGCCGCAGAACAUGGCGUGCGCCGCGCUAACCGGUCAGAACAUCCAGGUGACCUGGAAACCACCACCUUCCGACAAAGUUCACGGGGUCGUGCAGGGCUACAAGUUGCUGUACGAGGCGGCCAGCGUGGUUCUCGAGCAGCAGGCAGGCAGGGAGACGAAGAUCAGCCAUGCACUGAGCACCGUGCUACACGGGCUUAGCCCGUACACCAAUUACACGGUGCAGGUGCUGGCCUACACCAGGGCUGGCGAGGGUAUCGCCAGCAGCCCGAUUUCCUGCACCACCGAAGAAACUGUUCCAGACGCGCCGGAGCGCGUAAAGGCCGUGACCAGUAACGAGGACGCGAUGGUGAUAUCUUGGCUGCCGCCGCGUCGGCCCAACGGAAUCCUCACCAAGUACACCGUCUAUAUCCGGGUGUUGGACCAGGGCCAGGAGGUGAAGAUCACUAAGAGUUCGUUGACUGCGCAGUACCUGCAUCACGAGGCGACCGGGUUGAAGCUGCGCGAGUCCUACGAGGCCUGGGUUACGGCCUCGACGAAAAUGGGGCAGGGACCUAGCACUCCGGUCAUCAAACUUCAGCUGAGCAGCACUGUUCCAGCAGCUAUAAUAUCGUUCGGGGUACCGUUGCUGAUGCCGUGGAGAAUGGACGUCAAUAUGGCCUGUCUCGCCGUCGGUAACCCUCGGCCAACGGUGGAGUGGCGUCGCGGCGACAUCAAGUUGCAACAGAAAUCAGACAUCGGGCCGGACAACACGUUAACGCUGAGGAACGUUCAGAGGACGCACGAGGGCAACUAUUCCUGCCACGUGAAGAAUCCCCUUGGCUCCGAUGAAAUCGCGUACACGCUGCAAGUGCAAGUGCCGCCAACCCCUCCGACUUUGCUCGCCACCGGGACCACAACCGACGCGGUCCAACUGCAGUGGAAACAGGGCGACAAUGGAGGCGCCCCUAUCAAGGGUUUCUUGUUGGCCUAUCGUCGAGAGUUCUCCGAGUGGGAGGAAGUGAUGCUUGAUAGGAAAGCAAACACGCAUCUGCUGGAAGGUUUGCAGUGCGGCACCAGGUACCAGUUCACGUUGGCAGCCUUCAACAGGAUUGGUAGCGGAAGCGCCAGCAAGGUCGAGUCAGCCAAAACAAAUGGGACGAAACCCAUUGCUCCUACGAAACAUCAACUAAUCAAGGCGAACCAGACGUUCGUUACAUUGGAGUUGACUUCCUGGCAAGAUGGGGGCUGCCCUCUGUUGUACUUCGUGGUCGAGUACAGGAGACUUCCUGGCGCUUGGUUGCUCGUGUCGAAUAACGUGUCGCCGCAAUCGAGAUUCUCUAUAUUGGACCUGGAAAGCGGCACCAAAUACGAGCUCCGUGUCACCGCGUACAACAACGCGGGCUCGACGCAGGCCGAAUACCUGUUCAGCACGCUGUCGCCGACCGGCAGUAAUCGAAUGCACGACGAGCAGCCGCCGGAAACCGAGGAGACCUCUUUGUUUUUUGACGCUCACGUGCUGGCGCCCAGCGUGAUCUCACUUUUGGCCGUGUUCCUCGCUGUGGCUGGCGUUUGCUUUUGCUUGAAAACACACGCAGAAAGGUCAGGCCGAGCGAACGAUCCGAAUUCGCAAACGCAGGCCGCGCUGGAGAACAAGCACAACAUGGAGCAGAGGGAACAGUACUACGCGACCGUGAGGAAACCGGGCCAGCAGUCACCCUGUCGCGAGGUGAGCGCGCUGGAAAGAAUACCCGAAUAUUCCGAAGACAUUUAUCCGUACGCCACCUUCAAUCUGCCCGAGCAGGAAAACCUGUCGGCGAACCCGAUGCGACAGGCGUUCUACUACGAACGUAGCGAAACGAUGCUGCAAGGCAAUCAGAACGUAGGUAACUCUUACACGUUGCAGUGCGACAUGGAGCAGUAUACAAAGGUACGAGGAAGGGCGCGACGGAAGUCGAAGUCGUUCAAGUCGGAGUCGGAGGAGUACGACACGCUGGGCUCGGACAGCGACACGGAGGUCGGUACCAGCAGUCGCACCGAGUCCUCGAAUCACCUGGACGACUCCGGGCCGGCGUCGAUAAUGACGCGGUCGCCGGGGCCGAAUUCGAUCGGGCAGAGGGAGCAGCGACUAGCCCUGGUCCCGAGGCCGGUUCAUCAUAAUGUGCUGUACCACACGCACGAAUCAAGUACAUCAACCGAGCCGUCACCAAUUUCUGAGAGGAAGACCUUCCCGAGGCUCGAGAAGCAAAGGAAUCAAGGGGCAACACCCGAUAUGGGGAUGGACGGUCGUGUACCGGGGAUCCUGCGCCCUGUGCUGAAGCUCUCGGAAUCCGGGAUGCAUUCGUAUUCGAGGGGGGCAUCGCCGAGUCAGCCGUCGAGGCCUGGAUCAUGCGAUCGGCUGGGGAAAGAUCCGAGCCCGAGGAAGUCCGUAGAAUCGUUGUGCCUGCUGGAGGAACCCGGAUCGUCCAGAAUGGCAAGGAGGGAAGAGGACUGGGGCAGCGAGCUGUCUACGUUGGAACUGAAACCGCCGACAGGCUUCACGGACGCGCACGAGACCAGCGAGGCCGAGUGCGAUAUCGACAUGAAGCUGAAGCUCCACAGGAAGAGGACGGGUUUUCCUUCUAACUCGCUCUCCAAAUCACCUAAAGACUUCACUAUCACUGUCUAAGUGUGUUAAUCAAAUAUUCGAAGGAGAAAAAAAAGAAAAAAAAUAAGAAAGAAGUAAAAAAUGAAAUGAAACGCUAACGAAACGAGUAAAAUAAAUGAUAAAAAAAAAAAAAAAAAACACGAUAUAUCGCAUAAGGAACACAGACACACGUACACGCAUACAGACACAGACACGUAAAAAUAAUAAAGCUGCCAAAGCAUGAUGAGUGUUAAUUCAAAAAAAGCAAAAAUGUAAAAAAAAAGAAAAAAAAAAAGUAUCGAAGCGCAAAAAGAAAAAAAAGAAAAUUUCCUCGCCGUUGAGAUUGUCGGGAUCC